GACGCGACUAUGUGGACGUAGACAUCUGUCCGACACUGUAGCUUUAAAAUUUACAAUCAAAUUGAAUUAUUAUGUACAAGAUUCUGCAAAAUUAGGAUUCUUCUUCGUAAGUUCUUCUUUGACUUAUCAACAGCGUCGUUGUUUCUUUUAUCGCCAUGCGUAACUAUACCUAAAUACUUCUCACUUUAAAUGUAACACGUUUAACCAAGUCAUUCAAUUCGAGCGUCUGAUAAUUUUCAGCCAGAUUUAAUAGCCGCCGAUUUAGUUGAGUUUGUACCGUUGAGCUGGGGGGUUGCCAGAAAUUUUGGCACUCUACCGAGGUCUUACCAUGAGUGUUGCUCACUUGAAAAUACUUACAUAAGUAAUCUGUAAAGAAGAAUAUGAGAACUUUCACACAAAACUCCGAAACGUCUGUUUCAAUUUUUCCGAUCAUAAAAUCGGAUUCGGCGAAAAUGUCCGACUACGACACUUUUCGCUCCCAUGAGUUACCCUACUACGAUUUGCCCAACUACCACCCUACCCGCCUUCGAGUUAUCCAACGACGAUUUACCCCUAACCCGUAUAAUUGUCAUAUGGGGUGUCAUUUUGAAGGAAAUUUGACUGGGAUUUCGAGGACAUUAAUAUUUUUGACCUCACGAUCUUGAGCACGAGGUCAAGAGUCAAAAAUACAGAAUUGUCAAAGAUGGUCUCAUUUUAAAGGACAUUUCGAUCAUUCUGACGCUACCUUUUUAUAUUCGUUUGUAAAGGUUUAUUGAAUAAUACGAGUGUUUGUUGCUUUGUUUCAAUCUAAUAACUUCAGCACUACAGUAAAUAAAGAGAACAAUAUGUAGCGAGACUUCGCCGGAGUAACUUAUCCAGAUUGGAGCUCAGCCCCCCUUCUUAUCCAUCCAUCAUCUCACGUGCACGUUUUUCAGAUUUCUCAUCUUGUCAGGGAUGACGUUUAGCUCACUAAUUGUUGAAAGCCAGACGGGAAGAUUGAAUCUAGCAAAAACGGCAUUACUCGACAAUCCUGAUACAAAGGCUGAUAUUUCUUUGCAGCCAAAAUUGGAUCAUUCACGCACAGAAAGAGGGACAUCUCGUAGCUUUGAACAAAUGCGAGAAUCUCAGCGAAAAUCUCGUCAGAUAUAUCCCUUCAUUAUUUAUGGCGGAUGCUCACCUUACCCAUACUCUAGUAACAAUGAAGAGUAUUUUGGUAACAUUUAUUCUGAGAGAACACGUCCACUUAAGAGAAGAACUCUGCAAAGCUACAAACGUCAGAUUGUUAAUGAGUGUAAGGAUGCACACUACACUCAGGAGCAAUGCUUGGAUUAUUGCUACCAAAGACACUAUCCCAAAGGUGCCUGCAGUCAUAUCCGUAACCAUGGCAUUGUAAUCUAAUCAGCUCUAUAUUGAAUACUUGGCUAACAUAUGUAAUUUGGAAAUGGGAUUUUCUAAAAGGCCAGAAUACUUAUGCUUAUGAGGCUUAAGCUUACUGGACUACAUUUAUAAUUGAAUGCACACAAAUAUAUCUCUGAUGCAAUAAAUACUAAUUUUCAAAAUUUUACAUAUAAUAAUUAUUACUAAAGAAAGGUAAUAAAUAAUGUUAACACGCGAA